GCCUAAUUGAAGUCAAGCGAACUUUGAUGACCAUGAGGCUGAGUGUGAGGCUCAGUGCACCAGACUCCGUGGAUUAAUAUUAAUAUUUCACUUUUGUACCUCUACAGCGUUGUUGGCUUUUAACUGCAAAUGCUAUACUUUCCCUCCCUGUCUACAACAACCCUCCUCUGUCUGGGUCCUUUUUGUCCCUGAUCAGGGUUAUACAACUUGAUAAAUGUGUGUCGAUUUCUCAAUUCUGCAAGGAAAUAAUUUUUGAUAUUACUCUCCACUGCAUUUAACAGUAUCAUCAUGUCAACAAAUUACCAAUACUCAGCGCUCAACCAUCCGCAAGAUUCUGGCGACAACGAUCAUCUGCCCCAGCCACAACCAAUCAGUGCCAAUACACAACCAGAUCCCGUGGAAGCAACAACAUCAGUUGCAGAGAAUAACUCCAGGCGCAGCAGCUCCAGCAGUCAUCCAGAACUUGCAGAUGAUACCGCACGGACUAUGGAGCUCGGUCUGCCGGGACAGUCUCAAAUUCCUGAAGAACCAGGAGGAGGCUCUGCAUCAGAAUCGGCGAAGGCGGAUUCACCAAGUGCAAAGAAGACGCUGAAAGACAUCGACUGGGCCGGGUCCUGGGUCUGGGAAAUCGGUGGUUCCAUCCUCAGUGUGAUCUGUGUCGCCUUGUUGAUGGGGUUUCUAGCAUAUGUGAAUGGAAUGGCAUAUGCUAGUUGGCAAUAUACGAUCUCCCCGAACGCAGUGGUCUCCGUGAUCACGGCCUUUGCGAAAGCUGCGAUGCUUAUUCCUGUUUCUUCCUGUCUUGGUCAGUUGAAGUGGAGACAGGGUCGACAUCAGAAACCAAUGCGGCUUUAUCACUUCUACGUCCUCGACCAGGCCAGUCGAGGUCCCUAUGGCGCCCUAGAGGUCUUCUGGACAAUUGGAUCAACUUUAGCCAUAUUGGGUGCACUGUUAACGGUCUUGUCAGUUGCUAUCGAUCCCUUCACACAGCAGAUCCUGUCCUUCCCAACACGAGAAGUACAGGCGCAUAAUGUGACCGCAUCGGCUCAAAAAGCACAGGUGUACGCCCCUGAGUGGGCGGAGACAACUAUUAACACGUUCGAGUUAGAGCCUACAAUGCAGACUGCUAUAUUGACUGGUUUGGCACGGAUAAAUACACCACUUCAACCGAAUUGUCCGACGGUCCACUGUGACUAUCCUGACUUUGUCACUCUUGGGAUUUGCACCCAGUGUGAGGAUGUCACUGAAAAAACAGUCCAGACCUGCCAUCCACUCUCAAAUACUUCUGCAGGUUGGGAGUGGUUUAAUAGCUACCCAGAGUAUCAACCAAUCCCUGCUGACUGUUCCUACUCAACACCCGAUGGAUUUCAAUUUACCCCUGAACUUAUAGCUGCCCUCCCAAUGUAUGGCGGGUUUAACUUAGAGCGUCAACCAUUCACUUCUAUUGCAACCUCAUCUUCACAGACGCCCGACGGAGGCCUCCUCGUUUCUUUUUUCUCAGCAAAAUACCCCAGCAAGAUAUACUACCGCGUCAGUAAUGUCAGUGCAGUCGAGCCAAAGCCAAUAAUGACGCAAUGUUCCGUGCAUCUGUGCGAGAAACAGUAUACGCAAAACAACGUUUCGACCAAUUCCCGUGGUCUUCAUCCAUCAAGGACCAAACCCCUAGCCCAUUAUACUCUGGACAUGAAUGAUAAGACCCUCCUGAUACUCGUGCCUGAAAAUGGAACCGAGACCCUCUCAAAGAAUUCAACUUACAGGCUCGAUGUGAUGUCCUGGCAAUCAUUCACGAACACGAUGAGAAUGUUCUUCAACGUCACUUUUCUCCAAGGGAACCCAUAUACAUCUGAAACCUCGUAUCCGACCUUGCCUGGUGUACAGUCAGCGCCGGUUCUUUUCAACAGUGACAAUAUCACCGACUCGCUAGCUCGCAUGGGCGAAAGCAUGACUGAUAAUAUUCGCUCAAGUAACAAAGGAACGCUGGUUAAUGGCCGUGCCUUCUUGACUGAAACCUAUAUUCACGUGCGGUGGCCGUGGACUAUUCUUCUGAUAGUAUCGGUUGCUCUGGCGAUUGUCCACUUUGCAGCUACGGCUAUAGCAAGUCGAGGUCAGCCUGUUCUGUGGAAAUCUUCUGUGUUUCCAUUCCUCGUGGGUCAGUUGGAGACGGUUCCCGAACAUGACAUGGCGCGUUUGCGCCGUAUGGAUCAGGUGUGUUCUAUGUCCAGGAAAAUCAAGGUAGUGGUGGAGGAUCAUGAUGAUGGUCCUCUUCUAUUUGCUGAGCGAUGACGUCGACGGUUUACUUGAUAUUUUAUAUUUUAUAUGCAUUAUUACAGGAGCAUGUGGAUGGCGACGCUCAGAUUAUCUAGCAGGCAUUGUAUUGUAUAUAGACCAAGCGGGACAGAUCCAUAACAGCGUUUCGUUUCCAUACAAAA